UUCCUUGUGGCCCCUGGUUUGCUCCCAGGCUGGGUGAUGAACCUCUCCUCUUGCCACCAGCUGGUGGACCUUGGGCACCCGGACCUCAUCCUGCAGCAUUACAACUACACGGGACGCCUGGAAUUUCGGGGACCACCUGAAGAGGGCCUAGGCUGGCUUCGUACCCUCUUUGUGGCUGUCAGCUGUCUAAUCAUCCUGGAGAACCUGCUGGUCCUGGUGGCCAUCAUCACUCACAUGCGCUCUCGGCGCUGGGUCUACUACUGUAUUGUCAACAUCACCCUGAGUGACCUCCUCACAGGCGUGGCCUACCUGGCCAACAUCGUCCUGUCUGGUAGACUGACUUUCCGUCUGACCCCCACCUCCUGGUUCCUCCGGGAGGGGCUGCUCUUCAUGGCCCUGGCUGCAUCCACCUUCAGCCUCCUCUUUACGGCCGUGGAGAGGUUUGCUACCAUGAUGCGUCCCAUGGUGGCGCGCAGUACCAGCAAGAUGGUCCGUGUGUACGGCUUCAUUGGCCUCUGCUGGCUCCUGGCCUUGCUGCUGGGUCUGUUGCCUUUGCUUGGCUGGAACUGCGUCUGUGACUUCUCCAACUGUUCCAACCUGUUGCCCCUUUAUUCCAAGUGGUACAUCCUCUUCUGCGUGGUCAUCUUCAGCUUGAUCCUGGCCUCCAUCAUGCUGCUCUAUGGUGCUAUCUUUCGCUUGGUCCGCGCCAAUGGACAGAAGGUCCCGCGAGGCUAUGCCCAUUGCAAGGCCCAGCGCCUCCUGCAGACGGUGCUGAUGAUCCUGGUGACUUUCCUCCUCUGCUGGGGUCCACUCUUUGGGCUGCUAUUGGCGGACAUCUUUGGCACCACCGCCUGGGCCCAGGAGUACCUACGGGGCAUGGAUUGGAUCUUGACUCUGGCGGUGCUCAACUCGGCCAUCAACCCUCUCAUCUACUCCUUCCGAAGCCGGGAGGUGUGUCGGGCUGUGUUGGGAUUCCUGUGCUGUGGCUGCCUGAGCCUGGGGAUUCGAGGGCCCGGGGACUGCCUGGUCCGGGCCAUGGAGACCCAUUCCAUCUCUUCCACUGAAAGCUCCCUCCGGCCCCGGGAUAGCCUUCGGACCUCCCGUUCUCUAAGCUUCCGGAUGCGUGAGCCUCUGUCCAGCGUGUCCAGUGUACGAAGUGUCUGA